AUGGUGGUCCACAUGGAAAGGGUGAUUCAGAUAGUGUUGCAAAAGGGGAAUAUGAAAAGGAAAAAAGAAACACAUGAGCAGGUACAUGAUAGUGGUGAAAACACUCCAUGGCAGGAGGACGACACACUGCUUGACGAUAAUGAUGCGAUCUUGGAUAUAAGUUAUGGCAAUGCAAAUGAAGGACAACCAUUGCAAUCUCUUCUUGAAGUUGUUGUUUAUGAGUCAAAACAAAUGCAUGGUGAGGGAUUGUAUGAUAUAAAUGCUUCAAACAAAGACAAGAAAUCAAAUUUUGAUAAAGAAGAAAUCAUCAAAGAUAGAGAUGAAGCACUCAAAGUUGCUGGGGACCUCAAGAAGAAAGAUAUUGACUACAAACAAAAGAGCAAGGAGCUUUCAAUGGAGAAUGACACUAAAAAUGACUAU